UCCUUCACAUGUGUGGCUCAGAGUCCUUCAGCUGUACCUUCACACCAUCUCGUGCCCUUUUUGUGGGUUUGUGCAGAAAUAUGUGGAGAUAAACGCAUAAAAAUACGCGCGCAUCUUCUGUGAGGACACGUGAUCAGGAUUCCGCACAGUUAGCACGAAAAUUUCAGUAUGAUGUCACUACUGAAGCUGAAGCCUGCGCUGACCUCUCUGCUGUCAGUUUCCCAUCAUGCCUUGCUCCCCUCCCUGGCAUCCCGGGCGGCGAUGGCGACUUUAAACCAGAUGCACCGAGCCGGGAAACCCAAGCGGCCUCCCCCCGCUCCAGGCGCAACAUUCGGGCGACCGCAGCUCAAAGCCGUGGUGCUCAAAACCAUGAUCCGAAAACCAAAAAAGCCCAACUCGGCAAACAGGAAGUGUGCUCGUGUCCGGCUGUCCAAUGGGAAGGAGGCAGUGGCAUUUAUACCUGGAGAAGGACACAACCUGCAGGAACACAAUGUGGUUCUGGUCCAAGGAGGCCGGACCCAGGACCUACCUGGGGUUAGGCUGACUGUGGUCAGGGGCAAAUACGACUGUGCACACGUGGUCAAGAAGAAACAGUGAAGUCAGGACUUGGUCUGGACCUAGUUUAGACCUGGCUGGUUCAGACCUGGUUCAGAAGAGGCUGCAGAGACUUGUAGACUGGUGGCAUCUUCAGUAUAAAACUGUAUAUGUGUUUAAGUGAAACAGACUAGAGUGAUGGCCAUGUCUGACUCUGAACACAUGUUUUUCAGGUUGAUGAAGUCGUCUGAAAUAAUCCUUCUGUUGCAUUGUCCUGGUGCGCUCCUUCAGACAGUUAGUCUGUCUCCCUCUGUUGGCACAAAUGUGUGACAACAACACUUAAUAAAGGUUUAUUUCAUGUUUUAUCAUUAAUAGUUGUUAUAAUUGAGUAAUAAUGCACAACAGUGG